AGAAUCGGAAGAAGACGAAGAAGAAGAAAACAUACCGGUUGUUGACAUCAUACGUAAAGGUUGAAGGCGGAAGUUGAUGUAAACAUGUUGAAUUUACUUGUCAAAUUACCUCCUGAAUCAUGUCCAAAACUCCUGCACAGGGUGGUGGAUGGGGUAUGCGGACGAGAACCCCCUCAAAUGGCUGAUUAUGGGGACACGUGGAGCCUAGAUCAAUGGCUUCAGCUCUUGGACUCCCUCUCCUCUCUGUUUCGACUGGCAGUGGGUAAGAAGAUCUCAAAUGAAGAGGUUACGGCAUUAUUGGCAGGCAUGGAGAAUGGGUACAGGGAAGCAGUGAUGAUGGUGCUAAGGGCCAGACAGGAGGAGAUCCAUCAAGCAUUAGUGGAGAGGACGAAUUCUGUGUCCAGUGCCACCCUCCAAGAUUUUGACUGGAAGAUGAAGUUGGCUUUAUCUAGCGAUAAGAUUUCCUCUCUUCAGACUCCCCUGCUGGACUUACAUUUAGGAGUGCAGCAGAACGGAACCCUAAAGCCUGUGUAUAUAGAGAUGAACAGAGAAGAACUACAAAUGCUUAUCAGCUCACUAGAUGCCGCUAAUAAGGUGGUGCUGCAGUUGAAAUGAAGGUGCCUGCAUUGCUGACUUUCACCUCCUAGAUUUUUGUAUGUAUAAUGUUAUUUUCUAACAUUUAAAAGACAAGAAGAUUAUCUGAAUUGGAAACAUUUGUGAAUAUACAGUACAAUAUAUAUUCACAAGUUCACACGUUCUAAGAAAUGUUUGUAUUUAUAUUAAAACAAAUUGAAUGCCAAAAUCUGCCACAUGAAUAUCAAUGCAAAAGUAUAAUGACUAAUCUUUACAUUUUCAAAUACAAGUGAUAAUUAAGAUAAUUCUAUUUACUUACUUUAUUGUAGUGUUUUCUUUUUUGUCAUAUAUUUCAUAAUUGCACAAUAAAUCUAAGUAAUUGUGUGUCCAUUACAAGAUGGUGGGUUGAUUUCUAACAUUCAAGCAUCGUUUUCAAAUUUUUAUUUCUGAUUUAUAGGAUCUUUUUUCUUUAGAUUGCUGAAGUUUAAUUAAAGGUUCUAUUUUUGUGAAUAUUUUGGAUGAAAGGUCAAGAGGGUAAACAAUGAAGUUUUUUUUAUAGCCAGUUUUGCUCAUGUACCAGUACUAAGGGAGUCAGAUGGCUGAGCAGUUAGGGAGUCGGGCUAUUAAUCAGAAGGAGGUUGGUUCGAUUCCUGGCUGUGCAAAACAAAGUUGUGUCCUUGGGCAAGGCACUUUCCCCUACUUGCCUCGGGGGGGAAUGUCCCUGUACUUACUGUAAGUCGCUCUGGAUAAGAGCGUCUGCUAAAUGACAAUGUAAAUGUAAGCGUGCCAAUAAUAGUGGAGGACACUGAAUGUGUACUCUGCACUAAGGUUGGAGUAAAUUCUGCUUCCGUUUCAUCAACUGAUAAUUUAAGCUGAAAUGUUCAUUGCAUUAUCUAUAUUAUAUUAAUUCUUUCUAUAAUUGUUUUUCAUGUAAGUGAAUAGAAAAUACAAAAUAAUUGCAUGUGCCCUGAUGUAUCUUCAUAGGCAAUUCAACUCUAUUAUUAGUUGUAGUAGUAGUGUUAGUAGAUUUAUUAUGAAAGGCUUUCAACUGUAUCACUUGAUUUCAAAUUUCCAAACCAAACUCCAAAAUUAUCUGUGCAUACCAAAAUAUAGGAUGACACACACACUCAGUUCACUGUAAAACAUGAAUGCUCACCAAUUAUGGAAUCUCUUUUUCUCCGUCUGUCACACACGGACACACAAGGUCAGUAAUGCAAUUAGGCCCAAAUGAAGUCCUAUAACUCAUCCAGCACUAGUCCCUCUAACUGUGAGCUGUUAUCACAUGAGUAUCUCAAGCUGAAGUCCAUCAUAGCGUUAGCCUUAACUAGUAGAUCCAGUGGCCAGCUGUUUUAUGUAAUAGCCUAAUGAGAAUGGUGGUGCAACUUACAUUUGUGCUAAUGUUAUAGUAUUACCCUUUGCUAACAUUAAGGUCACUUGAUCAAGGUUCGCCUAUCUUUACUGGUCUAUCCUAAAUGUACCUCCCCUGAGGCAUGUCUACCACAGCACGAGCGAAUGACAUCAAAGCAAUGUUGUAGGUAAAAUAUAACAUUUUGUACAUUUUGUAAGUGUAAAAAUUGUCCAAACUGUGGAUUUUGACAUUGACACUAAUGACAGCUCAGUUCUGUGUAUUGGUUGGUAGGGAUGUCAGUUAUUUUAUUUGAAUUUUAUACUUUGAAAUCCUUACAAUUUAAAACAAAGGAUUUGUAGUUUGUGCUCUCUUUCUUACACACAUAAACCUACACACUCAUGUCUGCUCGAAGAUAUUUUUGAAGCAGAAAAAUCACAUGCUCGCCAAAUUAACACACACACAUACACACAAACUCAGGCCCACGCACGCAAACCAUUACACAUGAGAGCACAUGUAGAGCAUGAGAAAAUUGUACAGUAAUUUUACACAAUAAUGUUCAGAACAUUUCCUUAUCCCUCAAAAAGCCUUAGGGAAACCAGUUGUUUAGAGCCUCCAUUUGCCGUUGUUGUCCAAAGAAAACGUGUCCUGUCUGGUAUGCAAGUCUUUGUUGUGAGGAAAAGCUUUUAUCCAGUCUGUAAAUUCCGACUCUAAAAUGACGACAAUAACAGCAACAAAACCUAACUCACAGGAUAUUCUCUACCUUGAAUUUAGAUUGUCAUUGUAAUGCUGGAAUGUCUGACUACGAUCUACUCUUAUGUAUAGUAUGUACUGUAUAGCGUCAUAAAAGUUCUGUGAUGAUCACUGUUUUGUUUCUUCUUCUUCUUUAAAAAAAGUACAAGUCAAUUUGUUUAAAUUCUACUCACUAGUUAUAAUUAGUGGAACCCUGUGAAAAUAUUGAGAUUCUUGUUAAAGGCACAAUAUUCAGCCAUGAGGAAAGAGCACACUGCUAUGUAUUGUGUACUGUAAAAAGCCUAGCUUUUUGUAAGCCCUGAUAACACAAGCAGUCCAAAUGUCUAAUUUGUUAUUUAGCUCAUUAAACAACUGAAAUUAUA